CUUCAUUCCUAACCUAACAAGAGUAACUUCCCUUCCUUAUAGGAGUCGAAAGUUCUUUGGAUCCGAUGGCAAGCAAGGGAAGAUUGUCAGAUGGUCAGAAGAGCCAACUGGAACAAUGGAUUGGACACGGCCACAAGGACUUUGUGUUGCUGUUCAGUUUUUCUAAAGACGGCGGAACAGCAAGUGCUUUCCAUAACAAGUGUGACAACAAAGGUCCUAAUGUCACUGUGAUUUAUAACGAUCAGAAAUCUGUUUAUGGAGGAUACACUAGUCUUUCCUGGUCAGGCACUGAUGGUGCUUUUGAUUCAAAAGCAUUCCUAUUCCAGUUGCAGUUUUCAGGAAUCAAAAAAGCAAACACGUUUCCAGUUAUAAAGCCACAGAAUGCAAUUUUGUGUUCUUCUACUUGUGGCGUUGUAUUCGGUUCAUCGCGCCAUGACUUAUGGGCAUUCAACAAUGCAGUUAAAAAAGGGAGCGAAUUUAAACUGGAUGGCUACAUGACACAUUUUGGAACAAACUACGAUAACCGCGGGCUUACACCUGAAAGUAUCAACAAUGGAUCAUGUACUGUGGAAGAUCUGGAAGUUUACCAGUUGCAAGAUUGCAUUGGAAACUGUGCUCGUCAUGUGAUACCCAGGACAAUAGAAGAGAAACCUUGGCGAAGAACGAACCAAUGGGAUCAGAAGAAAUUACUUGAGGAUAUAUCUUGUCUUAAGCCAGUUUCGCGGCUCGGUGUUACAGACUUUCGGGUUGUAUUGAUCGGUCAGGUGGCUGGGGGAAAGUCCAGCUGCAUAAAUACCCUGCUGUCCGCGUUUGCUGGAAGAAUUUCCCAGAGAGCCUCUACGGGAUGUGGCAGAACCGGCAUUACAACAUCGUUUACGCCUUAUCCACUGAAGUCCAGUUCUGGAUCGUCGGCAAACAUUCGCCUGUAUGAUACUCCUGGAUUUACAGAAACUACUGGCUUAGACUUGAUAGACUUAAACUACAUAUUGGAAGGUCAUAUUUCCGACUAUUACAUGUUCCACUCGUCUGUACACAUCACAUGGAAGUCAGAGAAGUUUGUUCUGAAACCGACAAUGAGCCAUCGUAUUCAUUGUGGGGCGAUUGUCAUUGAUGUUUCGACGGUUGAUGCUUUGGCAAAGGAAAACACAGAAAAACUAAAGGCGCUCAAAGCCCUCUUCGAUGCGAAAGGUAUCCCAUGUGUUGUGCUGUUAGCCAAAAUCGACAAGGUAGCUCCUGAACUUGAGGAAAACUGGAGUUCGACCUUUAAAAACCUAAAGGUCAAGGAGUGCGUGGACAAAGCAGCGACCGCCAUUGGUAUCAGUAGAAACAACGUGCACCCAGUGAAGAAUUACGAGAUAGAAGUAGUGGUCGACGAAGAGUUGAAUGUGUUGUCGCUGUUGGCGUUGCGGCAAAUAAUACACCUCUCGAUGGAUCACAUGGAAAACGUGAUAUUGCGUGAAGACGGAAAUGAUGCGUCUGACAGCACGGAAGCGGUGGGCUCAGAUACCGCUUAAAAACGUUUUCGUUGCACACGUAAUACGUCUAGUGGAUUACAUGUUGAACUUUCAAUACAUUUCAACUAUUAUGCUAAUCAUGGCUUUAAAUAUUAAUUAAAAGAAUAAUGAUACCAAAUAUAAAUUUGUAAUGUCCAUUUUUGUCGAUCAGGUGUGCUUGGGUACGAAGUGAAAAUGGGAGAGUGUGAUAAUUAGCUCUUUGGAAAGUGGAAACAAACCAUUUUAAAGUACUACAUAUAUAAGUCUCGACCACAUACAUACAUUUAAAACAAAGUGCAUAUUGUACAAACAUAUAUAUACCUGGCUAUUCUGCUCUAUUACAAAGACAACUAAUAUUGUUUUCAUUGUUGUAUUGUGAUGUGGGUUAGCUUUGCAGGAUAUAUGUUUAAUUUUAUUACUAUUUGCCGAUGAUAUGGUCGUACUUGGUGAAACCCCAGAAGAUUUACAAAUGUCACUAGAUAGAUUACAUAAUUACUGUACUACUUGGGGUUUAGAGGUAAACAUUGCUAAGACAAAAAUUGUGGUAUUUCGCAAAAGGGGUGGUACAAAACGAAAUGAGACUUGGAUAUAUGGAAAUAAAAACGUGGAGAUUGUUAACGAUUUUAACUAUUUAGGCGUUACGUUGAAUUAUACUGGUAAUUUUAAACUUAAUACCCAAACACUGUACGGUAAAGGUUUAAAAGCAAUGAACACGUUGUUGUCUAAUUUAAAAAGGUAUGAAUGUAAACCAAGGCUAGCACUGCAGUUAUUUGAUGCCUUCGUUUCAUCUAUUAUUACAUAUGGUUGUGAAAUAUGGGGAUUUACAAAAUCUGCACAGUUGGAGAGGAUACAUUUGAAGUUUUGCAAAACUAUACUUGGGGUUAGACAAACAACAUCCAACGCUGCUAUAUAUGGUGAAUUGGGUAGAUACCCGUUACAUAUUAGUAGAUAUAUACGGAUUUUAAAAUACUGGUUUAAACUUAAGAAAAGCGAUAAUAUAGUUAUUCAAUCGAUCAUUGAAGAUGCUAUGUUAAAUAUUGAUAAUGAUAAGUCAAACUGGUUUAGUAAUGUGAAGAACCUUCUUACACGAUAUGGAUUUUAUUAUGUAUGGUGUGAUGAUUCACAGAUAAACGAAAACCAUUUUAUUUGUAUUUUUAAACAACGUCUUAUAGACGAAUAUUUACAGCAAUGGCAACGAAAUGUCAACGAAAAUGGUAUUUUAACUUUGUAUAGAGAACUAAAAACCUCAUUUGAAUUUGAAUAUUAUUUAGAAAAUAUCGCGUCAAGAAGCCUGAGAAUUGCUAUUACAAAAUUACGUAUCUGUUCCCAUAAUCUAAGAAUAUAUACUGGUAGAUAUGAUAGGCUGGAAAGAAACUUGCGUCAUUGUCAAUUAUGUGAUUCUAAUGAAUUAGAAGAUGAGUAUCACUUUAUGUUUAAGUGUUCAUUAUAUGUUAUGUUAAGACAAAAUUAUAUUAAACGUUAUUACAGAGUUAGACCUAGUAUGUUUAAACUUGUUCAUCUGUUAAAUACACAAAAUAAAUCUGAAGCAUUUAUAUUAGGGAAAUAUAUAUCGGAAGCAUUUAAGAUUCGUAAUACAUUAUUAAUGAAUAUAUAAACCAUAUCAAUAAUUGUUCAUCGUAAUAAGUAGUUUUUUUGAUUUUUUACAUUAUCAUUUAGAAUAUUUAAAUCACGUUUUACCUUUAAGUUAUGAUAUUUAAUUCUAUUAUCGUCUGUAUUCAAUUAUAUAUUGAAAAUGAUUGUUCCAACAUGUAUUCAUAUACAAAAGUCAGAUAAAAACCUUGUACUACCUUUGAUGAUUGCAAUAACACUUUUUUCAGUUCAUCCUUUGUAUGUCAAUAAUACUAGUCGCUAUCAGCUUAGUUUAGUUGUAAUGCUGAUAUGUUUAUAUGUAACCAUAACACACAUACUGUUAAAUUUACGUGUUAUAGAAUAUGUUCUGUUCUGUAUACUUUUUAGUUUGGUAGAUUUGUGAUUUACAAUUUCAGUUCAUCCUUCAAAAAAGUUGAUUAUAAUAUUUAUUUAAUAGUUCACACUACACUGUAUAAUUGUAAUUGUAAUAUAUUUAUUAUGUAUAUGAAACACAAAAAACUGUAUAGUUUACGUGUAAUAAAUUCUGUUCUGUUCUGUUCUUCUGUUCUGUGAUGUUGUCUGUUUGUGUGUGCUAGGCCUGAAUCGUGCGCUUCUAUUCGACCACUGGGCUUCUCCUGUAGUUUUCAUUGUUGUAUUGUGAUGUUGUCUGUGUGUGCUAGGCCUGAAUCGUGCGCUUCUAUUUGACCACUGGGCUUCUCCUGUAGUUUUCAUUGAAACUUUAUUGUUAUAAGAAAACUUAGUUAUUGCUAUAACAUGUAACACGUUCACGAAAAAAUUUCCAUCGUUGUAAGAAAGGACAAUUAAAUAUUGCUCUUACAUGUUAACUUUUCAAAAGCUAUGUUCCAUUGUCGUAUUUAAAGAAACUGACUUUAUUGCAUCUUAUCGUACAGUUGCAUGAACAGUGACGUGUUCGUCGAUAUGCAUGUGGUUGAUCUGAAUAUAACUGUUUAUGUGUAUUAUAGAUAGAAUUUUAUUGGCUUGUGCUUUUGAAAUGAAGUCCGUUUUUUAA